AUGGCCCAAGUGCUGUCGCCGGGCGCACUUCCCGAGCCCGAACCGCAGAUGAAGAAAGAAGAAGAAUGGCGUGAGAACCUGAACGUGAGGAUGAUAUGCAAGGACUGUCGCGAGGAUCCACCGAACCUGUACGAAGAUCAUGCUAGUGGAGAUCUGAUCUGUGCGGACUGUGGGCUUGUUCUGCAGCAGCGCACGAUCGACCAGAGUUCGGAGUGGCGUACGUUCUCCAACGACGAUCAGGGCAACGAUGACCCGUCGCGUGUCGGAGAUGGUCCCAACUCCCUGCUCAACGGCGCACAGCUUGGCACUGGUAUUGCGUUCGGCGAUGGUGGUCAGCGCAGCCGGGAGCUCAGCCGUGCUCAAAACAAGUCCAAUCUUGACAAAGGCAACAAGGUCCUGUUGCAGGCCUACAAGCAGAUCGGCGCUCUCUGCGAUGGGUGGCAGCUUCCUGGUGCGGUGUCUGACACUGCCAAGCACAUCUUCAAGGACGCCGACGAGAGCAAACUGUUCAAAGGCAAGAGCCAGGAAGCACUGAUCGCCGGAUGCGUCUUCCUCGCCUGCCGUCGCAACGGAGUCCCUCGUUCGUUCCGCGAGGUCAUGGAGUUGACGAAAGUUAGCAAGAAGGAGAUUGGCCGUACAUUCAAGUUGUUGGAAAACUUCUUGAUGAAGAGGGAGAAGUCGCACGAGGGCCAGUCACGUAUGGUGGCAGGUGGCGUCGUCGUCGGUGGAGAUGGCUACACGGGCAGCAGCAAUGCCAACCCCGCCGAGCUUUGCCGCCGCUACUGCAGCAUGCUCGACAUGUCUCAGAAGGCGACCUACCUCUCCGAAGCCCUGGCGACCAGGACCGGCACCACCGGCGCCCUGGCCGGUCGCUCUCCGCUCUCCGCCGCCGCCGCGUGCAUCUACAUGGCCGGCCAUCUUCUGGGUGAACCGAAGAACGCCAAGGAGAUCCAGGGAGUCGCUGGAGUGAGCGACAGCACGAUCCGCCACGCGUACAAGUUGAUGUACGCGGACAAGGACAAGAUCAUCGACGAGGAUAUGAAGAGACGGGGUGCGGAUCCAUCGCGGCUCCCGGUUCCUGCUUAG